AUGUCGGGUUCGUUCACCAAUGUCUACUUCAAGCGGACUGCAGGCACUCCCCGCGCGUGCUAUGUGUGCUGUAAGCCCACGCCCACCGUUCUCGCCACAGCGAACACGGUCGAUUUCAUCUACGUCUGCAAUUCGCAUCUGAAGGACCCCGGCUUUGCGACCCAAAUAUCUGAUACGCCUGAUGUCAGCACAGCCGAAGCCAUCGCCAAGGUGAAGGAGGAGUACGAUGCAGCGCAGAGAGCGAAGAAAAACGCCGCUGAGAAGGCUAAAGAAGGUGCCGAGAAAGAGAAGGAGCUAGAUGGCGCCGGGAAAGAGGCGGCUGCGAAGGACGCCAAGUCACCUUUGUCCUCCACGCCCGGCGCACUUACCCCAGCGUCACCGGGUGCAGCUACGCCUAAGCAUGAGAAAUAUUCUCUCCAUCGCCACAUAUUCUCCAUGCGCCAGGACGAGCAUCGUCGACGGCGCCAAGCAGCCGAAGCGAAGAAUCUUGCGCCCAGAUUGCCCGGGGCGCCGUCAGGAGGCAUUCAGGGCAACUAG